AUGGAAAAGGAUCAUGCUAAUCGCUCUAAGCAACUUGUUUUUAGUCUUGCUAAAUUUGAUGACUGGAAGAUAAGAAUGCAGGCACUCCUCUGCUCCAUACAUGACGAAAUGUGGGACGUCAUAACAACUGGACCAAUUACGGUUAUAAUGACGAAUACACAAGCAGCAGCUCAAGGAGCCGGUGCUGAACAAAUGAUACCAAAGCCAAAAGAUUCAUACACCUCGGAAGAAAGGACAAGAGCAAACAUGGAUAACGUAGCACGGAAUAUCCUCUACAACUCCCUUGAUGACUCCUUGUUCCCAAGAGUCCGAAAGUGCAAGAAUGCCAUGGAAAUAUGGAAUGUUCUAAUGGAACUAGGAGAAGGGGAUGAGCAGGAGAAAGACAACAAGCUGACUGUAGCUAUGAAGAAGUUUGAAGAUUUCAAAAUGCUCCCAAAUGAGACAAUCAUGGACAUGGAGCUAAGAUUCACCAGACUCAUGGGAGAUCUGACAGAUCUCGGGAAGGAACUGACAGAGAAAGAAAGGAAUCUGAAGAUUCUUCGUAGCCUGCCAAAAUCUUGGGAGAUGAAGGUCAUUGCACUGAGGGACAAUCGAGACAUGAAAACAACGAGCACGACCAAGAUCUUUAGUGAUCUCAAAGCAUAUGAGUUUGAACAUGAACCGAAAGAUACCGAAGAAUCAGAAGCAAGAAAUAUCGCUCUCGUGGCCAACCAGUCAGCAUCAACAUCCAACAGGUCGAAAUCUAACUCUUGGCACUUCAAGGCCAAUUGUCCUCAUCCAAUAGUGAGGAAGCAUCAAGAUAGUAACACCACCAAAAGCCCAUCCAAGGAGACUGGACAAAGAUACAAAAGAAAUGACAAGCCAGAAUCAUCAGGCUCCAGAAACGAGAGAAGAAGGAAGGCAAUGGUAGUGAACGAAACCUCUGACACAGUUGUGAACGAAAGUAGCUCCUCAAGCUCGAGUUCAGACGACGAAAGUUCUGAAGAAGAAAAAGGACUCCUAUGCCUUCUCAGUCAGGAAUCAGAAGAUCUAUGCCUUAUGGCUGACGAAGAUGAGGUAAACUCUCAUUCAUCUUCUUGUUAUUCAGCUGAGUCAAGCUCUGUAGGAAGUCAAAUCUCCAAUGAAUCAGUUACCGAAAUGAUGAGGAGAUUCAAAGUGAUAAAUAGCACAUACUCCAAACUUAAGGAGGAGAACUCUCGGCUCAUGAUUAGCUACAAUGCGCUAAGGCAAGUUCGAAUUGAGAACAUUAUGCUAGCCAUUGCUAAGGAGCAACUUGAGAAAAAUGUUCUCGCUCUGAAGGAGCAUGCACAUCAAGAGAAAGGAGAGAGCAAGAAUUGCUUGAAGUCUUGGACAAAUUCAAUAAUUCAUCCAAUCUAA